CCCACAUCUUGGCUGCUAUACCUGCCCGUCAUGGCUAAGAACAAGGGUAAACGCUCCUCUGGGGCCAAUGCGAUUGUCCCCGAUGGUGGUGUCCCCGUCAAUGACUCCAACGCUGCUGCCGACGCUCUCCCCCAGAUUCCUGAGGGCGCUUUUGCCGGCCUCCGACAGAAGAUCGAACAGAAGUUGAAGGACGAGAAUGCGGCGAAGCAGAAGAAGAUCAACAACAGCAACAAGGCGAAGCCGGCUCCCAAGGAAAGUCCGAAGCAAAACAACAAGCCGGCUGCCCCGGCGCAACCUGCGAAGCGGGGAUCCGACGCCGAUAAAAACAACCAAGGCAAGAAGCGGGAUCGCAAUGGGGAUGUGAUUGCGAGAGGGAAGAAGGAUGCGGAGAAGCCUAAGCCUUCGAAGUCGAAUGAAACAGACGAGACCGAUACCCUGCGACAGGAGAUUUUGGCCCUUGGGGGAACUGAGGAAGACUAUGAUCUACUUGCUGAGAUCGAAUCCGACUCUGAGGUGGAGGGCGCGAAGGAGGCCCCCAAGAAGUCAAACAACAAGUCAGACGAUGACUUCCUCCGGAAAGAGCUUUCGAGUAUGCUGGCUGCUGCUGGACAGGUUGUCCCUGAUGAUCUACCGGAUGAUGAAGCUGAAGCUGAAGCUGAAGAGGACGAAGGAGAGGAAGAUGAUGAGGCGGAGGAUAACGAGUUGGAUGUGGACGAUGAGGAGGCACAAAGCGACCUCGACGAGGGUUCGGAUGGCAAUGUUUCAUCAGACCAGGAAGUUUCUCCACCUCCGGCCAAGAAAGAGACGAAAAAGCAGAAAGCCGAUCAAGAUCGGGUUCAAACGGUCCCAAGGGAAUAUUCUAAGCUUACAGUUCCCCCACGAUCUGACUGGUACCAAAUCGAACUUCCCCCGAUUCCUGCGAAGCAAGUCAACGCACUGCCCCGACACUUGAUUGACCGCGUGUACCAGCAUGCUCUCACGCUGCUCGAGAAGGAGAGCAAGAUGUACUCCGCGGCCCAGCAGGCUUCUGCGUCAUCUUCCCACAAGUUCUACACGACCAUCAUGACAUCCGGAACCCUAAGCGAUAAGAUCUCUGCUUUGACGCUUGCCGUCCAGGAGUCGCCCGUCCACAACAGCAAGUCGUUGGAAAGUCUGAUCAACCUUGGAAAGAAGCGCAGUCGUGCCCAGGCCGUUGAAGUCCUCCGAUCCCUAAAGGAUAUGUUUGCUCAGGGCACCUUGCUCCCUGGUGACCGCAGACUCCGAUCUUUUGCCAACCAACCAGGCCUUUUGACGGCGUUCCAAGGAGCAGGUGGCCGAUGGUCAGAGGGCGAUGCUCUUCCGGGAGGUCUCGAGGAAAGCCAUCUGAUUGUUUGGGCUUUUGAGAGCUUCCUCAAGGACCAGUAUUUCGAGAUGCUCAAGAUUCUCGAGGUCUGGUGUAACGAUGAGAUCGAAUUCUCCCGCUCCCGCGCCGUCAGUUACGUCUACGAGCUUCUCAAGGAGAAGCCCGAACAGGAAACCAACCUUCUGCGACUGUUGGUCAACAAGCUCGGAGACAAGGCAAAGAAGAUCGCUUCCCGAUCCUCCUACCUGCUUCUUCAACUCGAACAAGCGCAUCCGCUGAUGAAACCGACCAUCAUCAACUCCGUUGAGGAAGUCCUCUUCCGUCCUGGUCAGAGCCAGCACGCCAAGUACUAUGCCAUGAUCACCCUCAACCAGACCGUUCUGAGCACGAGGGAGGAGCAGGUCGCGGUCAAACUGCUUGACAUCUAUUUCACCUUCUUCGUUGUCUUGCUGAAGUCGAUGAAACCCCAGAAGGGCAACAAGAAGAAUGGCAAGUUCGCUAAGAAGGGCGGCAAAGACAAGGAAGACCCGGCCAAGGGUCAGGCUCAGAAUGAAGAAAUGCGAGAAAAGCUCACCUCGGGAGUCUUGACUGGUGUCAAUCGUGCUUAUCCUUUCACCAGCUCGGACACGGAGCGGCUCUCCAAGCAUAUCGACACUCUGUUCCGUAUUACUCACUCUUCCAACUUCAACACCAGCAUUCAAGCCCUCAUGUUGAUUCAGCAAUUGACAUCCACUCACCAAGUUGCCGCCGAUCGGUUCUACCGCACCCUGUAUGAGUCGCUCCUUGAUCCUCGGGUGGCUACGUCCUCCAAACAGUCUCUCUACCUCAACCUGCUGUUCAAGGCAUUGAAGAAUGACAUAAACGCCCGACGUGUCAAGGCGUUUGUCAAGCGUAUCAUCCAAGUCCUUGGUAUGCACCAGCCCGCCUUCAUUUGCGGUGUUUUCUACCUGGUACGAGAGCUGGAGAAGGCAUUCCCGGGUCUGCAGGCCUUGUUCGACCAGCCCGAGGAAAAUGACAGCGACGACGAAGAGGUGUUCAAGGAUGUACCCGAUGAGGAUGACGAGCAGGAAGAGCCGACGGUGGCGGAGGUCACCCCGCAAAAGCCUUCUCAUAACUACGAUCCCCGCAAGCGAGACCCCGAGCACAGCAAUGCGGACCGCACGUGUCUCUGGGAAUUGCUACCCUACCUAUCUCACUUCCAUCCAUCCGUGUCGGUCAAUGCAGAGCAUCUGCUUGAUCACAAGCCGAUGAGCGGCAAGCCGGACAUGACCAUCCACACGUUAACCCACUUCCUUGACCGCUUCGUCUACCGAACCCCCAAGGCAUCUGCGGGUACACGUGGUGCGUCCAUCAUGCAACCCCUUGCCGGCAGCGAGGCGAAGGACCGACUGGUCAGCUCCGGCAAGCACGCCCACCACCUGCCCCUCAACUCGGAGGCCUUCUGGCAGAAGAAAUCCGAGGACAUUGCGGCCGAGGAUGUCUUCUUCCACGAGUACUUCAACCGUCUCGGCAAGGACAAGGAGAAGGCCCGCAAGAAGAAGGGCCAGGAGUCCGCCGGCAAGGACGGCGAGGAGGACGAGCUCAGCGACGCCGAGUCCGAGAUCUGGCAGGCCCUGGUGGAUUCGCGACCGGAAGUCGAAGGCCGCGGCGACAGCGACGACGACCUCGACAUGGACGAUCUCGAGUCGGCGUACGACAAGUCGGACGAGGAGGAAGCCAGCGGCGACGAGGGCGUCAUCUUCAACGACGAGUCCGACGAGGAGAUGGACGAGGGCGAGGACGAGCCCGCGGCCCCCAAGCCCAAGGCCCAGCCCAAGUCCAAGAAGUCCGCGGAGGAGGACGAGGACGACGACUUCGACAUGGACGUCUCGGACGACGAGGCCUUCGUGGACAGCGACGAGGAAGUUCCCUCGGACGUGGAGCUCGGCACCGUGGACGAGCUGCCCAAGGACGAGAAGCAUGCCGAGAAGCAGAAGCGCCGCAAGCUCAAGCACCUGCCGACGUUCGCUUCUGCGGACGACUAUGCGGCUUUGCUGGCCGAGGAAGACGAGGGGAUGUAGGAGGGAUCGUUGUAGAUCCGAUGUGCAUAUUACUAGAUACAACAGAUACCACAAAAGUCCGGGUUACGGUUUCAGGAUUCAUUUUCGUGUAG